GGACUUUGACUUUAAUCUUUACUAUUGAAAAGACAAUGACAAAUUCAAGAAACUUUAGCAGUGAUUAUUAAUUAUAAUUGUCAACAUUAAACAUAACAACCUUGUAUAUUGGUUAUUUUUGUAUAUAUAUUUCAAAAAAGAAAGUAUUUUAUCUACAUGCAAAUAGGUAAAUAUAUGGUGUUUGGUAUUUCCAUCAGCUCAUUUUAGGAUUUUGUUCAAACAUAUACAACACUUCUAACAUAGGCCUGUGAUAUUCAGUGUCAUUUUCUAAUAGUACAAUAUGCCUUCAAAACAAAGGAAAAUAGCUGUAAUGGGAUACAGAUCAGUAGGAAAGUCUUCACUUAGUAUACAAUUUGUGGAAGGUCAAUUUGUAGACUCUUAUGAUCCUACUAUUGAAAAUACAUUCACAAAAUCGACAAGAAUCAAUUCACAAGAUUAUGAAUUAAAAUUAGUUGAUACAGCUGGCCAAGAUGAAUAUUCAAUAUUUCCUUCACAGUAUAGUAUAGAUGUGCAUGGAUAUGUUUUGGUAUAUAGCAUUACAAGUACAAAAUCCUUUGAUGUAGUGAAAGCCAUUCAUGAAAAAUUAUUAGAUAUCACUGGAAAAGAACAUGUUCCUGUGGUGUUGGUUGGCAAUAAAACUGAUCUUCAUUUAGAAAGAACAAUUCCAACAGAAGAAGGUAAAAGGUUAGCAGAAGAAUGGAGAGCUACAUUUUUAGAAACUUCCGCUAAACAAAAUGCUUCUGUUUCAGACAUCUUCCAUGUUCUUUUGAUGGAAAUUGAGAAAGCAGAUGGAAAUAUAAAUGAAAAAACAAAUUGUGUUGUUUGUUAAUGAUACAGAUUCCAAACUAUGUAUAAUAAUAUUAGAGUUUCGAAAAUAUUGUGUUUAGAUAUUAAUUUUUGUAAAGGCUUUUUUCCAAAAGUAAUAUCAAUAUAGUAUAGUAAAGUUACUACAUAUUAGGAAUGGUGAAUACUAACGAAUAUUAAGGUACUCAAACUGUUUCUGUCAACUAAUAAAAUUUAAAUUUUCGAGAAUUGAGAUAUAUAAAAAGCCAUAUCUCGUUUUUUUAUUGCCACCGGCCCAAAAUUUAUAACAAGGCAAAUUUUGAUGUAGUAGAAACUUUGCUACACUAAUUAGGAGAUUUUGUUUUACAAAUACUAAAUAAUAUUUUUUGUGAAGAUAUAUCUAUCUUAAUUGUUUGUAAUUAAUUGUUUUUUAUGUCAAGAUUUCUAAAUUUUUACGGAAAAUGCAAAAAUCUUUAGAUUAUUAAUUUGUUGUGUGUUUAUAUGUUUCUACUUAAUUUAUUGUGUAUGUUGUAUUAUUUAAUUGAGAAAAUAAAAUUAAAAUAAAUAUUGGUACUUUGUUUCAAUGAUCGAAUGCCAGGCUUAUCAACUACUUAUUGUAAUGUUUUACUAAAUAUUAUAUCCGUGUGCAUAAUUAUUCAUUAUUUCAAUUAGUAUUCGGCGUGAUAUUUAUUCAUUUAUUUUGAUUCAUUAUAACACUAAAAACUGUCCCUAUAAAUAUUUUUCAGUUUUUACAGAUAAUAAGUGGCAGCAUAUUAAAACAUGUUUUUGUUUAGGAGAUUAUGUUGUCUACCAACAUCAGGCAAAGGUGAUCUAACUAUUUGCAAAAAUUGAAAUAGAUUUUUGGGCAAAGGUAUAGUAUAACUAUAGAUAUCAGUUUUUAUGUUGUGUUUUUAUGUUUUUUUUUCUAAUUAUUUAAAACAAUGCAAUAUUUUCUAAUAGAUAUGUUUUUGAAUGAUGUCUUAUUGUUUUAGUUAUUCUCCCUUCAAGUUAUGUAUCAAAAAAAUCAUUUAUGUAUUAAAAAAUCAUUUUAUCAGUUGCAUAAGUUUGGCAUUCGUUUUGUGACGUAUCUAGUGUAAGAUUAUUAUAUAUUUUAAUUCACAAACUUAAUAUAUUUAGUGUGCGAUAGUUUUAAGUAAUAAUGUUAGUUUUUCAUUAUUUUUGGUUGCCGAUUAACCAAAUUAUAAAUAUUGUAAUAUUGUAAAUUAUAUUUAAUUUUAUUAAUAUAAAUCAAUUUCGCUAGGAAUAUUCUGUAGAUUACAUAGUGAGGAAAUUGUUUUUCUAUUUUUCCUUUUGUUAAAGAGUUGAAUUGAAUAUGCUUGAAAAAUCCAAAAUCCACAUAUACUUGUAGUUUCUUACAAAAAUUUUGCUUGCAUUCCCGAAAGUGUGAAUACGAUGUAUUAGACUUUUAAUUACUAUCCUUUUUCAGUCAUAUUCCUUAAAUUACCCAUAUUCAUGUAGACAUUCUAAAAUUUAUACUACAUACUACACAUUUUUUUUAGGACUACACUAAUUACACUUACUAAAGUGCAUUUCUAUUAUAUAUAUAUAUAUAUAUAUAUAUAUAUAUAUAUAUAUAUAUAUAUAUAUCUUAUAUAUCUAGAAAUUCCAAUUUAGUCAAUCCAAAUUUACCUGACUCUGCUCUUAAACUCGAACAAAACUAUUUUUCUCAUCAAUUGCAUCAAUAAAAUAUAUGUGAACAUGUGGACGAACACACAUUUUUGAAAACAAAUUAGAUAUUUGUUAAUCGAUCGGCAAUCAGUAUCACACUUUUUGGAUUGAUUUCUUUAUUGAUUAAACUUUGAAUCCAUUAAUUAGCAGCAUUUUUGGUUCUAAUGAUUGUAGAAGUUAGUUUUUAUUGUAAUUAUGGUGUUCAAUUGUCCUGUCUAUAAAAAAAAACAUGCUGAUCCCGAUGUAUUGCUUGUCUUGCUUAAUCACGAUUAUGUUUAUUUUUAUAUCAACCUGGUUAUACCGAACCUCUUUUAUCCUGUCUCAUUCUUUACAUCUUCUAAUAUAAGUCCAUUCCAUAUUAUUUGUAAAUUAUUCUGUAUCGAUUUUUUGUAAAUAAAAUUCAUGGAAGUGAUUUCACAAUAUAGAUUUAUUAGUUUCAUAUAGCUACAAGAAAUAUUUUGUCUGUUAUAACUUUGAAAUAUAUCUUUUCAAUUGAUAUUUGAAAUUGGAUUCAUUUAAAUAUACUUAUUGUUAGAUGUAAAUCUAUGGGUUUUUACAUAUCAAAUUCUAAGUAGGUAUAUUCACAAAAAACAGUUAAUUACAAACACCCGUUUGUGUCAGUUUUAGUCUGUAAAAAUUGUGAUAAAUUUAGGACAACCAAAUAGUAAGUGUUUUGUAGCAACAACAUUUCUAUGUGGUAUGCUAUGUUUGUUAAGUUUUAAGCAUAUAUAUAUAUAUAUAUAUAUAUAUAUAUAUAUAUAUAUAUAUAUAUAAUAAACAUAAUAUAUAUAACAAGAAUGAUGCAAUAAUUCUUGUAUAAGUGCCCGUUUUUUUAAACAUGCUAAAAUGUUUGUUAUUUAUUUAUUGUUAGAUAAUUUAUUAUUAAUGAAAAGCUCUUCACCUAUAUACGAUUUUUUAAAAAAGGUGGUGAAGUACUUUUUUUUAUUCUAUUCCUAUGUGGUUUACUCUAUGAUUUAAUAUAAACUCGAAAAUAAUAAAUCAUUUAAAUAUUGAAAUAAUAUAUAGUGUGACCUACUUAAAGUCAUUGUAAUCCUGUUAAUUGUAUUUUGAUGUAUUCUUAAUUUAGGGAAGAGAAAGUAUGUUAAUAUAUUCAGACUUUGCAAAAUUUCAGUUAACUAAUAAAUAACUUCCUCUUUUUCUAUGUACAUGAUUCAACAUUCUCUGAAGAUCAAGUAUUUGAUGAAAAUUUUACUGUUCAUAUUCUUUUUUUCCUUGUACUAUUAUUUGUAAUGAACACUAUUGAUCAUUUAUGUCAUCAUUGUAAUUGUUCUUUGUAGUUCUUCAUUACAAUGACAUUUUGUCAAUUCAAUCACACAAUUUAUAGUAAUUUAAUGAAGAAAAAAAUUAAAAUAAAUGUUACUUCAACGCUAUAAUAUAUAAUAUGAAAUUUUUAUAGCUAUUCCGAUAUUUACUUUCUUAUGUUUAUUAAUUAAAUGCAGCUUCUUUUAUUUCAAACUAUAUGUUAAGAACCAAAAAUUUAGAGCACAUCCUUCGGGAACCGACGCGACACGUACUUUCAUUCUGCACGAAGUGUCACAUUUAUCCACCCGAAUGCAACUGUUCUAGUAUAUUGUAGAAAAUUUUAGCUCAGUUUACAGCAUAGAAGUGUGUAGUUAAGAGGAAGAUAUUAUAAAGAUGUUGCGUGAAGAGGAAGAGUAAAUAUAGGGAAAUAGGUUUUGGGUUUAUCUCAUAAAUAAAAGGCGUAACCUACCAGGGCAGGUUUGAUGUGCAUAUCAAGUCGGACCAGUUCGAUCAGAAUUAUAUCUCUGCUAGUUCUGACGGUAGCUCUGGUGCUGGUAUAUUUUGUGCUAUUCCAUAAAUAUUAUCAGUUUUCUGAUUCCUACAAUACCGGUCCCUCUAUGUAUAAAAUGUGCGAUCUUUUAUGUCAAGCUGAUACUUUCUUUUUAAACUGAAUUGAAUGAUAAGCGGUUUCAAUGUGAGUCUCAUUCAAAGAUUGGCUUUAUAUUUUAUUAUCUCAUGGGCAACAUUAUGUUAUUGCCUUUUAUUGGUGGUCACUGUACUGUCAAUAGCAUUCCUUGAUAGGCGAAACAAUUGAUUAGGAUGUACCACAGGUUUUGAUACACUAUAUAUUAAUUUUAUUACUUGCAUUAAUUUGCAGGAUAGUAUGAAAUUCGAAAAAAUACGUAAUACAUUGUUAGAAAUUUAGUAAACUAGUAUAUAGGUAAGUAUAUAGCAACAGGCAACGUAUUCUUAAAUGUUUGGAUUAUUUUGAUAUUUUAAAUCUCAUCAAUUGUAGCAUUUAACAUUUAUUUUCAUAACAUACAUCCAUUUAUUAACUAAGUAAGUUAUGAAAGAAAAAAGUUAUCAAGUUAGUUUUCUACCAGAUGCAUAAAAAAUAAUUCGUAUCGAGAAAUUCAUUAACAAAAUUUAGCAACUUUGUAUACCUUCAAUUAAUUUAUAAUGAAGUUUCAACAUACUGAUGGUAUUGAAAUACUGUGUUUUGUCACAGAUAAAGAAUGUUCUAUAAAGAAUUAAUGCUUAAGUCAGCCAUUGAGGAGAAUUUUACAACUAUUUCAUAACAUAUUGAUACUAAUAGUUAUUAUUAUAAAAUUACUUUCUUGCAGAGGUUUCACAAUUAUCACAAAUUGAAAUGAGCUUGUCACAAAUAUAUUUCAAGAUACGUUUUAGAUUCUUAUCAAACAAUAUAUAGACAUUAUCAAUAUUGAAAAUAGCUUUUCUGUUGACUAUAAUUUUGUUUUCUGAAUAAAUGAUGAAUUAAGCAUUAUCAUCAUAUUAUUGUUUCUUGAAAUCCUUUAAGUCAACGAUUUAUUUUAUCAGAAUAAUCCAAAUAUUUUGGGAUUUCACCAUACUUGGAUAUUCAAAUAUUUACGUUAAUAGCAUAUGUUUCCGAUAAUGUUGAUGAAAUUUUUCAAUUGAUUCUAGUAGUUCCAAUGAACAAUUUUAAAUUUAACUUAAGAGUUUUAAAAUACGUUACAAACCAGUGACUAUCUUCUAAAUUCAACAAAUAAAAUUGCACAGAGAAAAAAAAUAUACAUACCAAUCUUCUCCUGCAUACAUAUUUAUAAUUUCUAGUUUUUUAGAACCAUGGCACAAUAGUACUGGUUGUAAUAAUAUGUGUUACUAAAACUGAACUUAUGAAACAUAUGAAGAUUGUUCUGGAAGUAAAUUUUUUCUUAGCUUAAUGUAUUUUAUUACAACUGUUUCAAUAUUGUUCUGGUCAAUACAUCAAUAUUACAAAUAUAUUUUUUUUUUUCAUCAAAUAUGAAACUAUUAGAUACUGUGUUUGUACUUUAAUUAUUAUCUGUUGUAUAUAAUCCACUUUACUGACAUUCCUAAAGUUAUUUUUGCAGGUAUUUAUGUAUCUUAUUUUAUAUAAAUUGUAUUUUACCUGUUAUUCAUUGUUUUGUUUUCCAUCACUUAAUUGGAAUAUGCGAUUUUUUUAUAUACGAAAACACUACCUUACCGACAUUCCUAAUGUAAUAUUUUUGGUAAUUGUAAAUAUUCUACCCUAAAUAUUUGGUUUGUUAAUUCUCUUGUGCUGUUCAUGUAUUCUUUGUUUUUGUUUCUCUAAAUAUGUUGACAACUUGCUAAUGUUUUUUUCAUAAAAUAGUUAUAAACAUAAAUGCUGCUGACUUGUAACACUAAAGAUCAUGAUUUGAUUAGUACCUAUUUCCAUAAAGAAUUGCUAUAUAUUUUGGAGAAAUCUUUAAUAUGUUACCAAACUUUGUGAUUAAGUUACACUGUAAUUACUUUAUUAAAACUUGGAAGAAUAUAACACUUCAGAUAACGCACAAAGAGAACGUUACCUUGUUAUGUAAUUGUAUUAACAAUUACACAGAUUUCUUUUUUUUCCUCAAAAAAACUGAUAUUUAUACUUGUAAAGUUAAUACGCAUAUAAGAACGUUCCAGUGUAUUUCAAGUACAGUGAUCCACAUAUCAAAGUUAUUAUUUCCACCAAUAAUAAUUAUUCUAGUAAUCUACAAUCGAGAAAAAAGUAGAAAGGCUUUAAUCUAAAAACGUUAAAUUAUAUCUAAAUACUGGUUGAAUGAAAAAUUUUCGUAAACAUAUCUUAAAAUUCAUACAAAAGAAUAUUUGGCUUUUUUCUAAUAAAUUUUUUUUGUUUUAGUAGCAUAAUUUUCUAUUGCUACCUAUUUUUAGGCGAUUAGAAUAAUUUAUUUCCGAAAUAAAGACAUUAUUACAUAUUUUUCGUGAUUUGUAUCUGAUCGUCUACUAAAAUAUUUAGCUGUAGUUUAGUUACAUCUCUUAUAACAAACACAUGGCAGAAACAUUAGCAUUAGUCAGGUAAUUCCAACUUUUUAAUUACAGAUUUCACUUUUUUAAAACAGGCAUCUCCUAGUCAAUGUUUUUUCAAAACGAAAUGAAAUUUGUCAGAUUGUUCACAUAUUAUUAAUAAUUUUCUAUGUUUCUAUUUCCAGUACAUUGGUGCCAAUUUAUAGUGCAAAUUAUUAAAGGAUAAAGAUAAGUGUAUAUACUCGUAAUUGAACUGUUUAUUUGUAUAAUUUGAGAAUAAAUCAUAUGAUUUUCAGAGAUUCAUAAAGUAUAUUUAACUGAUAUUCAUCAAAUAAGACUGUUAUUUCUGUUCUGACAUUUCAAACAAUAAUUUUUUUAUCAAUUUGUUUAUUGCUACAUCCCCAUGUAUAACACAGUUAGAUGUUAUAUUGUUUUCACCAUUACUCAUUCUUCAUUUUUUUAGAAAAAUAGAUCAAAAUAUAUUAGGUUUUUCAUUUGUCUUCUGUUUUCAUAUCUGUCAUUAUUAUUUUAAUAAUUGAUGUGCCCGCAGCCUCUCUUUCCAAUUUUUUUAAAUUAUUAAAUUAGUAUAUUUUGAAACUAUAAUUUUAAAAAUAAUAAAUUCUAAUGAGAAAAAUGAGAUAUCAAGAGAAAUGUCUUGCAUUUAAGUUUAAAAACAAAGAACACAGAAAUCCGUAAAUAAUAUAUGUGAAAAAUAAAAUUACUUUUUGAAUCUUGCUAAACCAGUGAUUUAAUAAUUAUACUAAUAAAUUAAGUAGUAAACUAUAGCCUAUAAUAUAUGUAAACAUAUGUUUAGUCAACAAAUACUUGAAAAAGUAACAUGAAUUUCGAUUUUCAUAUACAAAAAUAUAUUUUGUGUAAAAACA